GAGAUGAGAUGAACUAAAAUUCAUGGCUAUCUUUAGCCUCCCUCCUUCGGCCCCUCCCACCACUGAACCAGAGCCUCCAAGAGCUCCAAAAUGCUGUUUGUCCCUCCAGAUGAAGGUGGGCCAAAACUCUUGGCGUAGUCAAUACUGAAGAAGGUGGGCUAGUGGUCCCAGUUGAUAUGAGGCAGAUUGCUUUGCUCCUAAUCUAUUUGUGUUCAUUUAUUACAUCGUUCUGUUGCCUUGCUUCCAUCAGAGAACUCCAGGCACCAGUGUGGGGUCCAAGGAGGCCUUGCUUCUGGUCCCUGGUCAACCCCAGAGCCCCUUAGCUUGGAUGGAGAAGGGCACUCCCUUCCUAUGCCUCCGAGACCAUGGCCUUUUGAAUCAGAGGCCUUUGACAGCCUGGAGGGAGGCCUGGGUUGUGAGACAAGACGCCGUCUCUUUGUCCCUUUAGGAGCUUGAAUUGGUGGAGGACGUCUGGCGAGGAGAAGCCCAGGAUCUCCUCACUCAGAUCGCGCAGCUCCAGGAGGAGAAUAAGCAGCUGAUGACCAACCUCUCCCACAAAGACGUGAACUUCUUGGAAGAAGAGUUCCAGAAGCAUGAAGGAAUGUCAGAACGGGAAAGACAAGUAAUGAAAAAACUGAAGGAAGUCGUUGAUAAGCAAAGGGAUGAAAUCAGAGCAAAGGACAGAGAACUUGGACUUAAAAAUGAGGAUGUUGAAGCACUUCAGCAGCAGCAAAACAGACUAAUGAAAAUUAACCAUGACCUUCGCCACAGAAUAACCGUUGUGGAAGCUCAAGGGAAAGCCCUGAUCGAGCAGAAAGUCGAGUUAGAGGCGUAUCUACAGACCAAGGAGCAGGAGAUGGGAGCAUUGAGGACUGAGCUGGGGAAGCUCAGAGAGAAAGUGCAGGGAGAACCUAGCCAAAACGGAGAAGACAUUCAGGUGGAAGAACCAAACAAGGAGGAAUACAUCUCAGAAUCAGAAAAGAUGGCCAUGGAUUUGAAAGAUCCCAACCGUCCCAGAUUUACUUUGCAAGAGCUGCGGGAUGUUUUGCACGAGAGGAAUGAGUUGAAGUCUAAAGUAUUUUUGCUGCAAGAGGAGCUUCUGUAUUAUAAGAGUGAUGAGGCUGAUGAAGAAACGAGGCCUCCACAACCCACGACCCUAAUUAAUCCAAAGCCAUCUACUCAGCAAGAAUCUGGAAUCAAAAGGCUGUUUAGUUUUUUCUCCCGGGAUAAGAAACGGAUGCAAGCGACGCCGAGAAAUGCCUCCUUCCAGGGUUCCUUUGGCGAAUGGGCUGACUCGAACAAAGACGAUGCAUACACCGAGCAAGGUCUGGAGGCCCUACAGCACCUGUGACUGGACCCCGGGCGUGUUUGGUUGCUCGGGAAUUGGCACACUCAGUCAUGAAGGAACUUGUGUUGUGGACCCAGAGCCCCUGUCUUGUACAUCUUGAUUGGCUUCGGGUGUAUUUUUGGACUGAUUGUCCACAGAGUAUUUCCCUUCUGAUGACUGCCCUCCAAAAGCAAGAUCAAGGCCUCUGUAGCAAAGGGUUUGUAUGCUUCGGGUCUGUCACUUUGCCAGGUCUCUGGCUGUGCGUUAAAUUAACAAGCCAGUGGAUUGUGUUGACUCCACAUUAACUUCACUUUCCUUGGAGCCAAAAAUGAAAAGAAAAAAGCAGAUUCCUGCCAUUACUAAAGAGUUACAUUCAUGGUGGUCCUGUUGCUGUCGUUGAAGACUCUCCUUGCCUGGUUUGUUUGAGAAGGACACUAUUAUAAUUUUUCUUCUUCCUCUAAUAGUUGUUUUAGAUAGGCAGCAUUUGGGCUUAGCUGUCAGACUGGAAGGCAGGUCCUCUUUGCAGUUCAACUAGCACCUUCCUUUUGGAGAAGGGACCGUUUUGGAAACAUGACUGACAUACUUGGAACUGGAUUACCCUCCCAAUGGGUCAGUAAUGUGUAUUUUUGGUUUAUUAUUUAUAGUGCCUCAAACACGUACAAGGUGGUAGUGCCUUGAAUUUUGCUCUGAACGCUGACAAUACUAAUGGAAACUGAAACCCAUGCUAACCCCUUUCUUUAACCUCCUCCUCCUCCCCUCUUUCAUUGCAAGAAUGUUUUCUCUUUGAGAAAGGAUGUAGGACUUUUCUCCUCUGGAGCUUUGGGAACAGAAGUCAGCUUCUAAGCAAGUUCCUUUCAUGGUUGGGACCGAAAAGUUCCUUAUUUUUCCGCUUUAAUUUGGAGGUUGAAACCAAGAAAAUGUGUAUGUGGGGAUUAGGAAUAUGUUUGGGUGUGAGAGGACUUGUGUGCAAACAGUGUCGGAUCUCCGGGUUUUCAGGGCCUUUGACAAGACCCCUGCAGUGCAGGUCAGCCUUCUCACCAACACGGUCGCCAGCUGGUCUAGUUCCACCUCCUCUUUUUCGCCACUGCUCCCAUGUGCCUGACAGGCAGAGAGCCCAGGAGCAAGGGGGGCGUCUUGUCCUCCUCCUCUUCACCAUCAUUGUCUUCAGGGGUUGUGCAAGGGGAACAAUGGAGGAGGAGCAACUUUAGGGGGCUUCUGUCAGCAAGCCCUUGCUGGGGUGUGGGCCCUUGACACGAGCCCAAACUUGCCCACCCUCGAGGCUGGCCUGUUUACUAGCUCAUUCCAGCACUAAAAAAUAAAUCCUUGGGCUGAGCAUGUGCUCUGAGGCACCAUGUCCUGCAAAUAUACGUACACCUUCCUGAGAUGCUGCCUUGCGCCUGGUUCUGGCUUGAGUCUUGGUGUUCCAGUAAAAACUGAAGCAGUUUCCACAGGCUGAAAGGUCUGCCCGCACCCUGGUGCAAGGAGUACCCAUGGAACCCCCUCAUGCGUUCAGUGAAUCUCGUGGGGGUGGGAUCACAGACCACGUCCCCCAAAUUGAUGAGGCUUUUGGUCCUGAUCCCUGGUGAGCAGCCAGUUGCCACUGCUCAACCGUAGAACGACUGCCAAGAACACACUGCAGCGUAUCUUCCCUUCUUCCAUGCACCCUUGGGAACAAGAUUCCAGCCAUCAGCUCCUCCAGACGAAUUCUUUCUUGCUCCCCUUUCAAACUUGCAGCAUUCUGUGACUCCUCCUUGAGCUGCUUUUAGGUCUUUUGGAUUUUUCUGGGGGCCCUGGAGAUUCACCCCUCUUGAAGCUUGAGUUCUAUGUGAGGCUCUUCUGGCUCUAAGCCAGGGGGCCAGGAUUUCAAGCUCGGGGAACAGAGACCCCCUGCCCUUGUCCCAGCCCAGCUCUUUGGGGAUUCCUUUCUCCAUAUUAUUUAGUGUUUCCUUGUUUUUGCAGCCCCCCCCCCCCCCAUUUAAAGGUGUGAAAAGCCUCUCCAAAGGUUUUAGCUAGUAAGAGUUUUACACUAUUAUAAGUAAUUGGGCCCCACCUUUUAUGGCUUCAGUCCCAGCCACCAGGAUGCCCCCCCCCUCCACUUUUGAAAUUGAACUCAGCCCUCUGGCUGAAAGUGAGGUUUUCUCCUCAGGUCUGCCUCUUUGUUCUAAGCAUAACCCUUAGUGAAUGAACAAGAUGCGUAGUUUAUUUUUUCCUGGGCCUAUUUCCCCCCUGCAAAUCCUAUCUUAUUAGAAGCAGCUGGCUCGAUUUUAGGCUGCCAGGUGCACCGUUACAGAGUACACAGGCCUGACUUAGUCACUGACAAUUGGGCCAAAAGCAAUUUAAACCUGAGAGCUCUGUUUUAAGCUUCUUGUAGAGUCAACAAUAGCCACGUCCAGAAUAAAGCACAAUCCUUGACAAGUACAAAAGGAGUCAGCAGACCUCACAGGUAGCAGCUGCUGCUUUCACUACCAGAAUCUGGGGCUAAGAAGGUCCCAUUGGGCAACUGCCUGCUAGAAUUACUGCCUCCCACCUGCCCCACAAGAGCAACAUACAGAGGGGUGCAGUGAGACGGUCACUUCCCGAUUUUCAGUUUCUCAUACAGCUGUAGAAGAUGCCGAAGCCUGGCCAGGAAUGCAAGCUAACAGCCAACUCUUCAGUUUAUCUCCUCAUCCAGGCUGUUGCCUCUACCACCGGGUGAUGUUGAGCUGGUGUCUGGUUUUAUUGAAAAUUGAUGAGCUGCAUCGAUCAAGCUAUCUGAAAAUCAGAAAGCUACAGGAGACCAAUGCCUUAACCAGGACAAAGUCGUGUGCAAGGUUUUGAAUUCCCCCAACCUCUUCUUCAGACUCAAGUAAAACAUUAUCUUAAAGCAGGCACAAUUUUACCAAUCAACUGUGAGAGUGGCAAGCUGGCCUUUGGCGCAUACAACAGAAGUGGGAGCUUCCCUUCCUCCAUAGCAGACUAGUAACUCCUCGCAGGCUACGCGCCUCAGGGCCUGUUUACAAGGCUGUGCUAAAGUAUAUUCUCCUUAGCAGCCACGCAGUUCUUCCUCACCAUUUUUGAGCCAUGACAAGCUACAGCCCCUGAAGCUUUAGCUCCUACUUUUUGCUCUUUUGUUUUGUUUUUCAAACAUUGAGUCCGAUGACGUUCUGGAAAACACACGAGACUUGCUUGUGAUUUGGGAACGUUUUUGUUAGACCCAGGAAACUGUACCUCCAGACCCUUAACAUGGAUGUCUGCAGAUUUGCUCCAUGAGACAUUUCUAUUCCACAGAGUGAUCAUGGAGAAGUGGCUAGAGCUAUCCAAAGUGUUUCUAUUCUACAUCCUAGAUAAAUUAUACAAAUAUGCAUGUUUUGCAUAAUUUAUUCUGCUUUGAUUAAGAAUAAAGGGAAAUGGAGCCCUCCCGAGGCACAAAGGACACUAACUCCAUUCUAAAAAUAUAGGAGGUACUGCAAAUAUGUUUAUCUUAACAUGAGGACUAGAACCCUGCUUUUAAAAUUGGUAGCUUAUAUUCUCAGGAAGCUGAACUAUCCUCUUGCUAGCUGCUAAAUUCUGCAGUCAUGUUGUGGGAUCACAAAUGCAUUGGACUGAUACUUGGCACUGAAGGUACCCUAAUGCCUUGGUCACAUAUUUGGCUUACAAGAACACAGAGGUCUUACUUUCCCUACCAUUAAUCCCUGGAGGCGGCUAAUAGUCUAGUGACAACUGUUACAAUGCACUUGUCUGGAAAAGUCUAGCACAGGGGCACUGAUACUUUGGAGUACAAUUCCCAUCACCCCCAGCCAGCAUGACUGGUGGCUAGGGACUAUGGGAGUUAUAGUACUUUGGACUGACUGCAGCAGUAGGAUAUAUAAAAGGAGUGAAUUAGUAUCUUUAUUAAAGAUUCAGGGUGUGAUUAAGGUAGCAAUGCAAUAAAGAGUUUGUUUCGAGAGCGACAGAUAGGGCUUUGUCAACUGUAGACCUUUUUAAUCUUCUAAAUAAACUAUUUCUGAAUUAA